CUUCUCCUUCUCCUUCUCAUUCUCUUCUCCUUACUCGUAUUUUUCCGUCUCUCACCCCCUCAGAGUCAAAACGAAAUACAUAUAUUGAUUGGUUCUUCUCUUUACAUCACCAAAUUUUACCAUUCCACAAUAAAGAAAUAAUCUUGGGUACAAAUCGCUAAUCUUUCUUUGAUUCUCUCAUUCAUACAGGAAUGUAAUAUAUAAUGUGUUGUGUGUUUGCGUGUCAAAGGCGACCACUUCCAUGUUUUGAAAGUUCGUUAUGUUGUUGGGUCAAAUACUAUGUACAUAAUAUUUUGUGUUCCUUCUUCCUGCUCGAUCUUUCCAGAUCCUUGUGCUGCCUCGUAAAUUUGCGCGCUUCUUAUAAAUCCUCCCUCUUACCUGCCUUUUUUUAUUUUUUUUAUUUUUUUCCCUCAUAAAAAAAAAAAAACAAAACUAUCAUCUCUUCUUGAAGAGGAGGAGGAACACAGACCACGUGUGAUUUUGGUGUUUUUCUUGUUUGGUUGUUUGGAGAUUUCUGAGUUUUCCUUUGAUUUUGCAUUGAGACAUUAAUUCAAAGGUUGUGGUUAUUGGUGAAGGAGGGAGAUUUAAAAAAAAAAAAAUGGAGGAAGCAAUGGCUGCACGGUACUGGUGCCAUAUGUGCUCUCAAAUGGUGAAUCCCGUCGUGGAAGUAGAGAUCAAAUGCCCUUUUUGCCAAAGUGGGUUCAUUGAAGAAAUGAGUGGUAACACGGGGGAUGCUCAGGUUCCUGAUUCUGAAUUUGGAUCUGAUCGUGCCCUCUCACUUUGGGCUCCAGUCUUGCUUGGCAUGAUGGGAAAUUCUCGUCGCCGUAGAAGGCUUAGAAGGAUGGAGUAUGAAGAAGGUGAGGAUGACAAUGAUGAUGGUGAAGCAAACCUUGGAGGAGAGACCGAGUUUGAGCAUGAAAUUGAAUCAUUCAUAAGGAGGAGGAGGAGGAGCAGAAGAAGUUCAGCUACAAUACUGCAAUUACUUCAAGGAAUUCGUGCUGGAAUUUUGGCAUCUGAAUCUGAGAAUUCAGAAGGAGAUAGGGACAGGGACAGGGACAGGGACAGGGACCGGGACCGGAACAGGGACAGAGAGCGUGUCAUUUUGAUCAAUCCUUUUAAUCAAAAUAUUAUUGUUCAGGGUUCUUAUGAUUCAAACAAUGAUGAAAACCAGAAUCAAAAUCCAAUUGGGUCAUUCGGUGAUUAUUUCAUUGGACCUGGCUUGGAUUUGUUAUUGCAGCACUUGGCAGAUAAUGAUCCCAAUAGAUAUGGAACUCUGCCAGCUCAAAAGGAAGCCGUUGAAGCAUUGCCUACUGUGAUCAUCAAGGAGCCUUUGCAGUGUUCAGUGUGCUUGGAUGAUUUUGAGAUUGGCUCCAAGUCAAGGGAAAUGCCAUGCAAGCACAAGUUUCAUAGUGGCUGUAUAUUGCCAUGGCUGGAGCUUCAUAGUUCCUGUCCAGUUUGCAGGCAUCAGUUGCCUGCUGAUGAGUCCAAGCUUGAUUCUGAGAGAGCUAGAAAUAGCAGUGAUCAGAGGGAGUUUGAGAAUACUAACAGUGAAAGUAAUAUUAGUCAUGGAAUUAGUGUUGAAGAGGGAGACAGUGAAGAAAGAAGUGGAAACGGGAGAAGUUUUUCCUUUCCAUGGCCUUUCAAUAGCUUGUUUUCAUCUUCAUCGGGUUCGCAAUCUGGUGGAAACCAUCCAUCCUCAGCAGCAUCAUCCUCUCCAGCGAAUGCACCUGGAACCACUUCUCAAACAGAUGAGAAUUGAAUAUACUUUCUUAUGUUGCCAUAUUGGCUUCUUGCUCUCCAUGUUAAUUGAAGCCUUUGCUUAUGUACAUAGCAUCUUACCGAAGGUUGGAUCUCGGAAGAACAAAUUGUGUUUCAAUCUCUGGUUUUUGUAGAUUUUUUGCCUUCAUGAAUAUCUUUAUUUUUCUGCUGUUUCACUUGUGUAAUUAUUUCGAAAACUAUUUUGAAUGGCUCAAUAGCAGUGUUGGUUUUCUUUC